AUGGCGGGAAUCGUCGCGGAGCCCUUGGAUCCCCGCGACGGCUUCAACUGGAUCUUCCUCGUUGAACUGCUCAUAUGCGGCAUCCUGACCAUUUUCUUCCUCUUCUACUUCAACCGCCUGUUCGCGACUCUUGCCGCAUACGCCAUACGCGCAUACACAUGGCGCGCCUUCAAUGCCUACAUUGACAUUACCGCCCUCCAAGUCUCGUUGCUUGGCGGCCGCCUCUUCUUCAAAGAGAUACGAUAUCAUGGUCAUAAUGAGACGAUCCUGGUACAUGGCGGGUACAUUACCUGGAACUACUGGCUGCGUCGCGUCAAAGAUGCCGGUGUCUAUACCGACGAUAGCUCUGCAUCUGGUAGUGACAGCGCCAGUUACUCUUCGAGCACCUCCCGUACCAGAUCCGGCAGUGCCAGUGGCAACGUGGACAAGGCAGAAAAAGGAGGCAAGCAGACGCGGAAGGAGCUGCCAUGUCGCUUCUCAAUCAAAGUUUCGGGAAUCGAGGCUUUCUUGUACAACCGCAGCCCUGCUUACGACGGUAUCAUCGAAGCCGUACAAAAGAAGGCCGAGAGCGAUGCCGCACAGCAAAAGACCCCCGAAGGUUCCGUUUCCGGAUCGGAACUGCCAGAGAAGAACGAACACCACCACCACAACAACAAGCUGAAAAAAUCACAUACCCAAGCCGAAAAGAAAGUCCCGCGCCAGGAUACAAGCUGCUCCACUGCACCUGGCCCCACCAAGGCCGACCUUCCCGCUUUCCUCAGGCUGCUCCCAGUCCAUGUCGAUAUUGUCAAAGGCGCCAUCGUUGUCGGGAAUGAGCACACGCUAGCUGUUAUAACUGCGCAAUUUGAAAAAGCAACCGGCACUCUCGAUGCAUCGGCCAGCGGACCCCUGGAUGUGUAUCAGCAGCUGUUCAAUUUCCAAAUCACCCAUCCCGUGGUCCACAUGAAGCCUAACCCCGACUACAAGAUUGGACAGCUUGAUUCCGCCGUACAGUUCAAGCAAGAAGUUGCUGAGGGAUCCUCUGAAGGUAGCAUCAUUGAAAAGGAAGCCAGUCAUCAGAGGCAUUGGCGCUGGUUGACGAGGAUCCCAAGCCUCUUUCAUUUCUUUUCCAAAGAUAACGAUUCAAUCCACACUCACACCAAAAAUAGUUCCGGGAACCACAACCCUCCUCUGAAUUCCCAAUGGACGUUUCCCGGGCGCGAGCGUUGGAAAGGAUUGGCGCGUUAUCUUGACGAUACCACCAACGAUGGUCACGGCGAGUGGGAUGGCAUCGAGUAUGCAAAGACAUCUUUGAUCGCCGACUGCCCGUGUGUCAAUAUCUCCUUCUACUGGGACGUACCAGGUCCUGUGCCGAAUGACAUGGACCACAGUAAGUACGUGGACCAUGCGCACCCAUACGACAUGAACGGAUGUGCUCCGCCAGAUUAUGGUAUGGACAUACAGGUAUUUGGUGGCAUAAUCAACUAUGGUCCAUGGGCGGACCGACAUCGUGGUGUCUUCCAGUCCAUCUUCUUCCCCGCUUCACGCGUAGACGCUGUUCCUUCGACUCCCCUGAAGCCCGGAGACCUCCGUGUGCUCUCUGUUUUCAAGCUCUAUCUCAGCAUCGAAGAGGACACGGUACUACGUAUUCCAAUUCGUGAAUCUUCAAAAGACUGGAAAUGGAAAGGCAAGGCCCACACCUUGGCGGCACAUGAUAAGCUGGGGGAGAACAAGGGUAAAGCAAAGUCUCGAAUCAGGCGGGGAAAGCGUAGAGAUGCUACUGGGUCGCAAAAUGUUCGCCCCUUUGCAUGGAUCGACGUCAAGAUAGCUGAGAAAUCUACUGUCAACUAUGUUAUGGACAUGUACGCCUCCGAACACGGGUAUCAAAGCAAAGUAGACGUGGAUGUCCCAAGCACCGAGAUAUCUUCGAGCGUGAACCAUGGCCUCUUGUGGCGUUCUGGUGCGCUUUCCGUUGACUGCGACUUAUCCAACCCUCUAGGCUGGAAUACUCUUCGAAAGUGGCUGUUCAACAUCAAAUGUCAAGACUUGGAACUUUUCUUGCUCAGAGAUCACAUGUUUCUGAUUAUGGAUCUCGUUGCUGAUUGGGGAACUGGUCCACCGCCUGACUAUUUCCUCUUUGUGCCUUUCCAGUAUCUACUUAAUGUCGACUUUUCCAACUUCAAGAUAUAUCUCAACACGAAUGACUCCAACAUCAUCAACAAUCCAGCCGAUUUAGAAGAUAAUAACUUUAUCAUCUUGUCCGGCAAAGGGCUGCAGGGCGAUGUCUUCAUACCGCUCGACAAAUUUCGACCACUUCAGAACGAGAUUAAAUUCGACGUCAAAGGCCAAAACUUAGGUCUCGAAAUCUUGAUGCCACCAAAGAACACGCUGCAGGCAUUCGUGCAAUCGCCAAAUGUGGCACACCUUGGCGGCCUAACGUUAAGCGGUAGCCAUACCUUCAUGGCUGAAACGUCUCCGAUGAACACCGACAGACUCUACAUGGACAUUCAAGGCCAUAAGCUUAACCUUGAACUUUACGGCUGGCUCAUAAACCAUUUCAUGAAGAUCAAGGACAACUAUUUUGGCGACGACAUGCACUUCAAGACACUGGAAGAGUUCCAGGGGCUCCCGGCCGCCAACAUCACAGCAGAAGGGGCAUCGCCGAAUGGUGAUGCAUCCAGCAUCUCAAACGACCUGGAUGUAAUCCUCUGUGUUUCUGCAGACGACGUUUGUGUACUAUUACCCGCCAAUCUGUACUCCGCUGAGCGUGGCAUCCGAGCGGAUCUCCCAUAUGCUUCCGCUGAUCUAAGGUUCACAAACUACUACAUGGACUUAAUGGUGAAUUUCAGUCCAAUUAGUGUUUCUCUUGGAGGCUUGCUGUCAGACGCUGAUGUACCUAACGAGUUUUCGAGUGGCCGUACUGAAUUAUUCGUCGAUUCCACAGUCAUCUAUGGACACCGCCUAUUCGGAUUGCCACCACUUGAGCCAACCUACCUUUGCAGUUGGGACUUUGACGUUGGUAGGAUUACCGGAGACUGCACAUCGGAGUUUCUCGAGGCAGCAGCAGGAGCAGCACGUUCGUUUGCCUUCACGCUCGACGAUGAUGAGAAUACUUUGCCUCUCACAGAAAUACCUAUCAUCCACGAUACUACCUUCCUCCGCCUCAGGACACAUGAUCUCAGCAUUUGCAUACAUAUAGCAAAAGAGGCUCUUUUGCUGAAGACAAAACCCGUGUCUUUGAAUUUUAACGACCUUGCUGGAGCUACUUUCUCUGAGCGCCUCCACGUUCUUGUGCCUGACCUGACCGUCAUUGCUGUCCCAUCAGAGACUGCAUCGCACUACCGACAAAAGAGCAUGAAUGACGUUGCAUUUGAUGAUGUGGCAGCUAAGCGUUUCGAUGAGAGUUUCACGCACACCAGUAUACUGGUUAGUGCCCAGCCAGGUAUAAGGGCGUAUUGUACACCCGAAUUCGUUACCUGUGUUGCAGAAUUGAUUGAGCUGCUUCAGCCCAGGCGACCUGAGGAUCUGUUGGAUGACUUCCAACUCAGUGUCAUGACUAAGAUUCUUCAAAACCGAAAUCGACUGGAGGGGAAAGGUAGCUCACUCGAGUUCAAUAUUCGCAUACCGUUCACCCACGUCAGAUUCCAGCACAGCUUCCAAUCCCAUUCUGUUCAAGAGACGGGUCAGGAUCAAUACGAUGUUGUUCUCAAUCGACUUGGCCUUACGGCAAGACUCAAGAAAUUCCCGGGAGAGCGAGCUGGAGAAGACACCAUUGCGCUGCACUCAACGCUGGGAUCUCUUGGUCUUUCUGUGGCUGAGCGCGCUCUCGACACUGCUACUAGAAGUGUUGCGAUUCAAGCUGAGAUGAGAGACGUCCUAUUCUGGAUGUUUCAAGGUAACACAACAUCGAUAAACGUGUCUUUUCGGACUUUUGAAAACGCAAUGGCAAGCAAGAAGGUGGACUAUUUGGCAGCGCUUAUCCACCGUACGGCACUCAUGGCUGAGACGCUCAUUCAUCAGUUCGCUGAAGUCGAUCAAAGAUAUCAGCAGCGAUUGCGCUAUCUCGCCUGGCAUCUCAGCUGUGCACAAGACCAGUAUGCGGAUCCAGCAUUUCUCACCAAAGCGUCGUACGCUCUACGCGCAACAAGGGACCAUCUACGCAGUCAUGACUCAUGGAAGAUUAUUUCCAGGUUUCGCUAUACGUGGCAGUGUCUGCCACAAGCCGAGAAGGAUACUGUCCUAAGUGACUGCUCCCGCCCAGAUGUGACAUCUCCAGAAGAUGCUGAGCAACAAAUUAUUGCAAUGUUGGACCAGUGGCGUACAUGGGAUCUCGCACACGUGAAGAAGAGUUUUGCAAUCCAAUUCCUUUUUGGACACCUGGAAAACAAAUUGCCGACGCCAGAAUCCGCGCCUUUGUAUAUUGACAUCAAGUCUGCUGAGAUCAAGCUGACAGUCGAUCCUGGUCCACGGCAAAGCGAGGUCUCGCUAGGGCUUUUGGCAAUCAAUGUUGCGUUGUUGCCUCCCACGCAACCCAAUGGACUCAUGCUGGUCGACUCCGAGGAUGUUCCAAGAAAGACUACAGUCGUUCAGAUAAGCUCAAGAAAUACUGCAUUUCAUAUCCGGUGGGAGAUUUGUGAGCUUGCCGAAUCCUUGCUGAAGCUUUUUCAAAAGGAGAAUAUCAAAGCAAUCGAGCAGGCCAAAUCGACACCUGCCAACAAACUCGCGGGACCAGCUCCCACGUCCGAUCACAAUUUGCAAGUGGUAUUCGCGACCGACAAGUUUCAAAUCACUCUAGACACCUUCAACCUCAAGAGUAUCAAUACGUCUCAAAAUAUGCGCUUCUCUUUUCUCGAUGCGGAUAGUAGGGCGUCGAAAAUGGGCGAAAUCUUGUCUGCUCAUCUGCAUGUUGACGUAGCUGUGAGUGAGCUUAUCUCGCGCUCACGUUUAGUUGCCAAAACUCAGUUCGAACGACCGAGUAUAGAUUUCGCAAUGACAAAACAAAGCAGCACGGAGAGGUUGCCCAACGAGAUCAAGGUGGCUGCAACAAGCCACAGAAUUACUGUGAAAGUACAAGACGAUGUACUCGGCCUUAUCGAACUCGCGGAUAGGGUGCUCAAAGACGAGGUAGCCUAUUUCCAUCGUCAGUCUGCAGCACUACAAGAGAUCACAAAAGCAGAUCAAAAGCUCGAAAAGCCCAAAGAAGAUGCCUCACAGCUUCCAAACAUCUCUCUGGCGCUGUUCAUGGACUCAUAUCAAGUUGAGCUCGCCAUAUUGCAGCCUUGCGGCUGGUCGAUCACGGGUUCGUCUGGACGCAUUGCUGUUAUUCCAGCUCUCGGAAAGCGCAUCACACUGCAGGUUGAUUACGAUCUCGAAGCCAGUCUUCACAGGCUAUACAGCACAUCAAAAGAAGGUUCUCACGUUAUCAGCUCAGUCGAGCUGCCACCACUCAAUGGAAGGUUGACUAUCAAACAAAAUGAAACUCAGACAAAGAUUGCUGCAUCAGGUAUUGUCGAAAAGGUACAGGUUCAAGCAUCAGAGAUUCAGAGCCUGAUAUCUACUAUCAACAAACCUGAGAUGGCACAAAUGUUCAAGGCAGUCCAGGAUGAUAUCGGGGUUUUGAAGACUCGCAUUGAAGAAAUGUUUCCGGCUUCUGCAAAGUCACCAGUUCCGCAACCUCCAACCUCUUCUCGGGACACUUUGUUCACUGUGAAGAUGACAUUUCAUGGCAUGCACAUAGCUGCGAGCGCCCCAGGCCAAGGCAAAGAUUCGCCAACAGCAAAUCUUGCGUUCCGACUUUCGACCGUACAACUCAACGCCACGAACAUCGACGCAGAUCAAAGCAUCAUGCUCUAUCCUGAGGCAGUCGUGCGAAUUCACGAGGUCACUGUCGACCUGAGUUUGAAGGAUCCCGACUCGAUUCGUCGCUGUGGCAACCUGACCUUCAGCGCAGUCUUCCAAGCCACAACCGAACAGGAAUCCGAGCCCACGCGUAGGGUUUACCGUUUGCGAAGUUCGGGUCUGGAAGUGAAUGCAUUCGCGGAUACCGCAUCUGCUGUUGUGGAUGUCGUGAAUCAUCUCCAGGACCGAAUCAAGGAUUUGGACCUUUCCAAAGAAAAGAGAUAUCUGCGACGCCUUCGACAUACGAAGAGUAGAAUCUCUCAGCGACGUGAUCGUAGUCUCAAACGGCAUGCAGAACAAGACGCUGAGAGCGACUCUUCCGGAGCCCUUUUUACAUCCACAUACUCUUUGGAACUUCUCGAUCUGCAAGUCAGCUGGAUCGUUGGUAACUCAGUCGUCCCCUUUCCACAGAAUGAGAUCCAGGAUCUCGUACUCUCAUUUGGAAGGAUUGACUUAUCCACCCAGAAAGACGAUGCAGCACGGUUGAUGAUUGAAGACAUGCGGCUCCAGAUGGUACCAGUAUCAGCAAAUAAGAAGAACCGCUCACUGAACUCAGCAUUGCUACCCAAAAUGGUCUUCAAUGUUGCAUAUGCGUCUACGAAGGAUACACGUAAACUCGCAUUCUUUGCUGCUGGAAAGUCUCUUGAUCUCCAGUUGGAUUCGCAUUUCAUUUUGCCUGGGAACAUCAUCGAGCAAUCGAUUUCUCUUGCUGGGAAAAAGUUCCGCGAAGCCUCUGCAAACUGGAGCAUGACCCCUACGACGACUGGCGCACAAAGAAAGAAUCCCUUUGGCAACAAACGCUUAGCUUCAUUGACAGCUGACGUCAACUUUGCUGGAGCUGUAGUUCAUGUCCAUGGCAGCGAUGCAACGCCAGCCCAAGGCUCCUCGGGUAGAGCUCAGCAGAAGGGAAGGUACAGCCAGUUUGUAGGUGAUGAGUCAAAAAGCAGCAUGGCUUUGCGUGCGCCUGGCGUGGCAGUCCGGAUUGAGUACAUGGACGAUGGCAGUGAUCCCUCUUUGAACGCUGAGCUUCGUGUCGACGGAUCCACCAACACACUGCUCCCCACCGUCGUGCCUAUCAUUAUCGACAUCUCUGAUAGCAUCAAGGCAGUAGUACGUGAAAAAGAUGACAAAGGAACAUCUGAUUCGCCUAAACAGCCCGAACAACCACAAGGACAAUCUAAGCCAGCUGCAAAACUCCUCGAGGACGAGAACAUCAUCACAGCCGACCCUGCCACGCUAUUGGGUAGAACGAGGCUGAAUCUUGGGCUUAGAAUAUGCAAGCAAGAGUUCAGUCUUAGUUGCCAGCCCAUCGCUCGCGUCGCAGCAAUUGCCAAGGUCGAAGAUAUUUACAUUACCGUUAACAGCGUCAAGUCCCAAGAGCAUGGCCAUUUCUUUGCUGCAUCCGCUAUGUUCGAGAAGCUUCAAACCACUGUUCAACAUGUCUACUCUCGCGAAUCUACCUUCAGCCUCGACAUGGAAUCUAUUGUUCUCUCGCUUGUGAAUAGCAAACAUCUCAACGGCACUAGCGGUAUUUCUGCCAUCCUUAAGAUCAACCCGACCGCUCUUCAGAUCAAUGCGCGUCAACUACAAGACUUUUUAUUGUUUCGAGAAAUCUGGAUACCCCCAGAAAUCAGGCGAGCAUCCAAGCCUACACCGGAAAAUGCCAAUUCCGAGCCACAAGAGUACCUCAUACAACGCUAUCAGCAAGUCGCUGCGGCUACGGCCUUUCCAUGGAACGCCAACAUAGCCAUCGCAGACGUCAAGGUUGAUCUAGACCUAGGUCAAUCCAUUGGAAAGUCAUGGCUGCAUAUCCACAACCUGUGGGCAUCUUCCAAGAAGACUACUACAGCGGAGCAGAAUCUUUGCGUUGGUGUAGAGAAGAUUGGUGUCGAAAGCACCGGUCGUACAAGUGGCUUCAUUGAGCUGCAUGAUAUCAAAGUACGUACUUCCAUCGGAUGGCCACUACAAGACCCAGGUACUCGUCAAACACCGCUCAUCCAAGCUUCUGUGGCUUUUCGUCAAUUGCGUGUUAAGACAGGUUUCGACUUCCAGGCUUUCCUCAUAGCGGAUAUUGCCGAUUUCGGCUUCAUGAUGUACAACGUCCGUCCAGAAGGCGAAGAUGUACAAGACCGGCUGGUUGCCAUUCUCGAUGGUGGCAAAGUUCACGUGUUUUGCCAUGCGACAAGUGCUGCGCAAGGUUUAGCACUGUGGCAGGCAGUUGAGCGACUGAUUCAAGACAACCAACAAGCAUACAAGCAGUCUCUCAAGGAUAUCGAAAAGUUCCUUCGCCGCAAAUCAUCCAUAGCCGAACCGUUCGAUCGUUCGCCAUCUCAGAGCCAGAUUCUCCCGAAAUCCGACAAAGACAGCUUCAAGGCACCAAUCUCAUUACACACGGACGUGGUGCUGACACUCCGCUCAAUACGCUUUGGUGUCUUCCCUUCAACCUUUAUAGACAACCAGGUCCUCAUGCUUGAAGCCGGUGAUAUGCAAGCCCGUUUCGCCGUUGCGCUCGAAAAGAAAAACAAGAUACAUUCCAGCCUAGGGAUGACCCUAGGCCAGCUCUCAGUAGCCCUCUCCUCCGUGCCAACGCCCAAGAAAAGCAAGCCCGUCACUGAACUCGACGUCGAAGACGUCUCCACAAGCGUCAGUUCUGCCCGCGGUGGCACCAUCCUCCGGGUCCCUAAAGUCAUCGCAACAAUGCACACCUGGCAAGUUCCCAAAAGCACGCAUAUCGACUACCUCUUCCGUAGCUCCCUCGAAGGCAAGGUCGAUGUCGGCUGGAACUACUCCCGCAUCUCCUACAUCCGCACCAUGUGGUCCAACCACUCGCGCACCCUCGCCUCGCGCCUCGGCAAACCCCUCCCAGAAUCAAACAUCAAAAUCAGCACCUCGCAGACCCUCCAGGAUGCCUCUGAUAACCCCGACUCCAGCACCUCGACCGCAGACAAAAUGGCCAUGCCCUCGGGCCGUCCGCGUGCCCCCUCCGCAUCCUCUGACAACCAAGAAAAAAUCACAGCCGUGGUUAACGUACCGCAGUCUAAAUACGAAUAUACGCCUCUUGAGCCGCCGUUGAUCGAAACGCCACAGUUGAGGGAUAUGGGUGAGGCGACGCCCCCGUUGGAGUGGAUUGGGUUGCAUAGGGAUCGUUUGCCGAAUGUUACGCAUCAGAUUGUUAUUGUGACAUUGCUGGAGGUGGCGAGGGAGGUGGAGGAAGCGUAUGAAAGGAUUUUGGGGAGUAGUUAGAUGUUUUGUGAGGGUUGAGAGGAGAGAAAAUGGGUUCAGGGGGAGAGAGAGUUGUAUAUACAUGAUAUUUUUUUGCGUUGAGCAUGGCGUUUAUGGGUCGAGUUUGGGAAAAGAUAGCAUAGGCUGGGCGUUGGUAAACGUAGAACUGAUUUUUCUAUCCUUUCUUUGUUUUUAUAGUAAUUGUCAUCACCAAAAGAAUGGAAAGCCAUAUAUAGGAGCAAAAACGGAGAUCUAUUCGAUUCAUCUAACGCCUCCUGU